AUGUAUAUGCUAUCGGAUGACGAACUAGCCUACUCGAAUAGUCUGUACAGUGGGGAAACCGGGACGGAGGUAAACGACACUAGCGCCGAGCAAUCGCACGAAUAUGAACGGAGCCAAAUGGGCAGCUUCGACCUGAAGCGCGGUGCGCGGGGGAAGGUGUACACAUACAAGAGGUGGCGCAAACACGCGCAUCAAAGUGAGAGCCAAAGUGAAUAUCAACAGGAAGACGACAGUCAGUACCGAAGCGAAGACCAGAAUCCAUAUCAAGUGGAGGAUCAAAGUUCGUACCAGUUCAAACAUGAAAGUCCUUACCAAGGUGAGUAUGAAAGUUCGUACCACUGCCAGUAUCAAAGUCCACCCCAAAGUGAGGGCGAACAUUUCAAAUACGUUUGCAUAGCAUCCAUAGAAGACGCGGAAAUUUUGUUCAAGUGUAGCUUCCUGCCCCAGGAACUCGACGCCGCCGCGAAUUACACCAUAAAAAAAAUACUAGGCGCUUGCAAAAGGAAACUAAAUCACUGCAAUAAAAAAAUGCUCAAUUGGGAUAACAAAAUUAUCUACUUCACAAUUUGUACAGAAAAAAAAAUGGCAUUUUUUCUAAUCGGGUUACAUAUGAGAGCUUACUUCAAAAAUUACGCAUUCGAAUUUUUAAAGAAAUUGGAAAUCUAUACCAAGUCCGAUUUAUUUUCUGGCCAAAAUUAUAAAGCCAAAAAUAUCAACCCCUCAAAAAUACACACCACAGAAGCAUUUUUGCAGCGCACAAUUAAAGGCAUUAAUAAAUGUUGUCGCGAUGAAAAAAUUAUAGCAGUUAAACAAAAGCUACACAAAAUUAAUUCCGUCAUGAAUAAUCACAUUGAUAAUUUAUAUCAGUCCAGGGGAAAUAUAAAAGCUCUGAAAUAUAAAACGCAAGACAUGUCCAAAAAUACUUUACACUUUGUUCAAAAUAGUAAAAAAUUGAAGAGAAUUAUGCUCAUGAAAUAUUGGAAGACGUAUGUUCUUUUGGCUUGCUUCGCAAUCAUAGGAUUUAAGGUUUACCGAUCCAUAUGA